GCGGUUGCCGGGGUGACGGCGGGAGAGCUGGCGGUCCGGAGGAGAGAGCGCAGCCCUGCAGCUGAGAUUUCUGCCGUGAGAAUUGCCAGUAACAAUUCACUAUGGGGGAUAUUCUGGCCCAUGAAUCUGAAUUACUUGGACUGGUGAAAGAGUAUUUAGAUUUUGCUGAAUUUGAAGAAACCCUGAAGACGUUUUCAAAAGAAUGCAAAGUAAAAGGAAAGCCGCUAUGUAAAACUGCAAGUGGGUCAUUGAAAAAGGACUCCAUGUCACUGAUGAUCCAGAAGGAUUUGGUGGCGGCGUUUGACAGUGGAGACCAGAAGUUGUUCUUCGAUUUGUGGGAGGGGCACAUUCCCAGCUCCAUCAGAGAUACUGACUCCCUGGCCCAGAAGCUGGAGUUCUACCUUCACAUCCAUUUUGCUAUCUAUCUUCUGAAGUACUCUGGAGGCAGGCCGGACAAACAGGAGCUAGAUGAGAGGAUUUCUUAUUUCAAAGCCUAUCUGGAAACCAAAGGGGCUGCCCUGAGCCAGACCACAGAGUUUCUUCCCUUCUAUGCCCUCCCCUUUGUGCCCAAUCCUGUGGUCCACCCCUCGUUUAAAGAACUCUUCCAGGAUUCUUGGACUCCAGAAUUAAAGUUGAAGCUGGAAAAGUUUUUAGCUUUAAUUUUUAAAGCCAGUAACACGCCAAAACUUGUAACCAUCUAUAAGGAGAAUGGACAGAAUAGCAAAGAAAUGCUGCAGCAGCUCCACCAGCAGCUGGUGGAGGCCGAGCGCCGGUCCAUGACCUACCUCAAGCGGUACAAUAAGAUCCAGGCCGACUACCACAACCUCAUCGGAGUCACAGCUGAGCUGGUGGAUUCUCUAGAGGCGACAGUCAGUGGCAAGAUGAUCACCCCUGAGUACCUGCAGAGCGUCUGUGUCCGCCUCUUCAGCAACCAGAUGCGGCAGAGCCUGGCACACAGUGUGGACUUCACAAGGCCUGGGACGGCCUCAACCAUGUUACGGGCCUCUUUGGUACCUGAGAAGUUGAAGGAUGUCCCGUUACUGCCCUCCCUGGAUUAUGAGAAACUGAAGAAGGAUUUGAUUUGGGGCAGUGACCGCUUGAAAGCCUUCUUGUUGCAGGCUCUGCGCUGGCGCUUGACCACAUCCCAUCCUGGAGAGCAGAGGGAGACAGUCCUGCAAGCCUACAUCAGCAAUGACCUCUUGGAUUGUCACAGCCACAACCAGAGGAGCGUGCUGCAGCUGCUGCACUCCAAGAGCGAGGCCGUGCGCCAGUACAUGGCCAGGCUCAUCAAUGCCCUGGCAUCGCUGGCUGAAGGUCGACUCUACCUAGCCCAGAACACAAAGGUGCUACGGAUGCUGGAGGGAAGGCUGAAGGAGGAAGACAAGGAUGUCAUCACUCGUGAGAAUGUCCUUGGGGCUUUGCAGAAGUUCAGCCUCAGGCGCCCACUGCAGACUGCGAUGAUUCGAGACGGCCUCAUCUUCUGGCUGAUCGACCUUCUGAAGGACCCCGACUGCCUGUCUGACUACACACUGGAGUACUCUGUGGCUUUGCUCAUGAACCUCUGCCUUCGAAGUGCAGGAAAGAACAUGUGUGCUAAAGUGGCAGGACUCCUGCUGAAAGUCCUUUCCGAUCUCCUUGGCCAUGAGAACCAUGAGAUACAGCCAUAUGUGAAUGGAGCUCUGUACAGCAUCCUUUCCAUCCCGUCCAUUCGUGAGGAGGCCAGAGCCAUGGGAAUGGAGGAUAUCCUGCGAUGCUUCAUCAAAGAAGGCAGCGCCGAAAUGAUCCGCCAGAUAGAGUUCAUCAUCAAGCAGCUGAAUUCCGAAGAUUUACUGGAUGGCGUUCUUGAAUCCGAUGAUGAUGAAGAUGAAGAUGAUGAAGAGGAUCAUGACAUCAUGGAAGCUGACCUGGACAAAGAUGAACUGAUCCAGCCCCAACUUGGAGAACUCUCAGGAGAGAAGCUUCUAACCACAGAGUACUUGGGAAUCAUGACCAACACUGGGAAGGCUCGGCGCAAAGGGCUGGCCAGUGUGCAGUGGAGUGGGGAUGAGCCCCUGCGUCGGCCCGUCACCCCUGGUGGCCACAGGACGGGGUGCCCAGUGCUGGGAGACCAUCUCGUUUCUCCCCAGAAUGCCCAACGAGCCAGAAAUAGCUGUCUGCAGGCCUUACCAGCCACUCAGCCGGAUGUCUGCAAAGAGGGCAAACCAGGUGUCGCUGGGCGUGGCACAUCCUCUUCAUUUAUGAAUCCCAAGCUAAGAGAGUGGUUAUUAGCUGGACAUCAAGAAGAGCCUUGCUUGAUUCCCACAGCAGCCCCCAGCUGGCCAAAGGACAUGAACCAGGACCCAAACAGUGGACAUACCACCAGGGAAUUCACAUCAGCCUUCACCUUCAGGCCCUGGGUACCCAGUACUCCAGAGACCAUGCAGCUGAACACACUCAAGGCCAGAGCAUCGUCUCUGGCUCCACAGUUCUCAAGUGGUCCCCAACAGGCCAGCCGCCCAGCUUCCACAGCAUCCUCCAAGAGGGGCCUGUACAGCAGUCAGCACCACAGGAAGUGAAGAUGGCUUCUUUCCCAAGCUGUCACUGUCACGUGUCUGAUGACCCAUCGACUCCUGGUUCUCUAACAGCAGCUGCAGGUGAUGGAUGUGAAGAGACACUUGUCUCUGCGAUCCUAGGUGUGGAGGAUCCCAGGAAUGCCAGCCCCUCCAGGCUGCCCAGGCAUGAGGCUGUCAGAACUCCACUAUCCAGGCAUUGUCUCCUCAGACCGAGCCGUGGGCAGAGGGCUGGGUGAGGCCUUGACUGCCCUCCUGGUGAGAAGAGGUUACCUGGUCAUCCUUUGCACCCAGAGGAGAAAAGGGGGUAGCCUUUGACCUCAAGACACUUUGUGGCCACAGGGAAUGGCAAAUUCCAGACUCAGCUUCUCUGGCCUUCAUAGAGUCUAAGCUAGACAUGAAGCCAUACCAUCAAGCCAUCCAGACCGAGAAGGCUAUGCCGGAAGAGUCUUCCCUCCCGCCCCAUGCUUGGCCCAGGUGAAAGAUGACACCUCAUUCCUCAUAUGAACCAAUUACGAGCCAAUAAGGAGGUCGGGGAGCCUCCUCGUUCUCAAAGGCUCAGCCUCAGCCAGGGUAUUUGCUGCCUCUAAACCAGUGGUUCCCAACCUGUGGGUUGUGACUCCUUCAGAGGGGAGGUCAAAGGACCUUUUCAUAGGGGCCACAUAUCAAAUAUCCUGCAUAUCAGAUAUGAUUAUGAUUCAUAA